GAAAGGCAGCUCGGGCAUAAAGCUAUAGGCCUACAAAUCAAGUGAGGUGACUGUACCUCAGUUUUCAUUCGGUUAUCAGGAUUUGGAACUAGAAUCAACAGAGAACAAACAUGUGAUUCGUGACCGAAGCAAGCCAUGACAAUGUUAUAGCUUCGAUACUGCCCCUAUUCGGCAAGAAGAUAAACGGCAAUGUUUUUCACGUUGUUUCGCGGGGAUUAUGCUACUAUUCUCGGUUUUGAAAGGGAGAGAGCCAGGCAUCACAGCGCGGCACUAGAGAAGCCGGAGGUUAAUCACGUUUUCAGCACCUAGACAGCUCCUUGUGGAAGAGGUCUAUAUUCGGCAGCAAGGAGUCCCUUCUGCGAUCGCGGGGGAAGCCCUCAAACCUCACUAGCAAAUUUGGAGCGGUGUAGCCAACAACACACACAACGCUCUGACCUUUCUUUCUCCACUCUCCAAUGAUGCUGGUUAUUUGAUGGUCAGUCAGGGACACUUAAUAUAAUCUUGCUGAACGACGAUGGUGCUUGCAUUUCGGCUCCAGUCUUUUCGUUUUGCAAAGGAUUCUAAGCAGCAGCAGGGGUGCUUGUCCAAUGUAAAAGUGCUAAGGAAGGCAGCAGCCUACACAUCGCCACGAGCUUGGAGUACGAGCCUCACUCACGCUGAUCAUCACAUAGGGAGACAUUAUCACGAGCACGCGGCCAACGGGAGGCUCUAUUAGACUGUCAACAAUGUAAAUCAAGACAGGUUCAACAUGAGUCCAGCAGAGUAUAUCUGGUGUGGUGAACUCAGAAGAGAGGCAUAGCCUGACUGAGAACUGAGUGAAGAUCACAGCCUCCUCCUCUUCCUCUCUCCAUCACCAUCCACCAACAUGGCUAAACCUCAUGACGUGGUGGAGCAGCAGGCUGGAGGCCUAUCAGACCUGGAGAUCAUCUCCCAGCCAGACCCAGUGGAGGAGCAUGGUGUGCAGGAGAUGAACUCUUCCUGCAUGGCUCCUGUCCAGCUGGUCAGCUUUGGCUACAGGGACCUUCCUCUGGCCCACCUGGACCUCUCCCUGGCCGGAUCACAGCUCCUCUCUAACCUGGAUGAGGACGACAACAGGGAAGGGUGAGGCAAUACAACUGUAUUCAUCCAUUGAAAGGCACUGACGCGUUCUGACUGUACAGUGGGUAUCUAUUGAUUACACCAAUAGGUCCGAACCUCAAUAGGGAAGGGUAAGACGCUGUGGCUUUAUUUACAGACUUCAGCCAUUACACAAACAGGUCCAAACCUUGCACGCAUCUACAAUGGUUCAUAAGGGUUUGCAAAGAUCUUGGGACCUGGCAGACUUUUCUAUUAAUGACUUUCCACACCUUGGAAAUUAUAUAUUCCCAGAAACGACCUGCUUCUGGUUUGAGAAUGUGAGACGAAAUGAUGUAAUUGAAUAUGGUGUCAUGUAUAAUUAUGCAGUACAUCAAGCAUUUAACAGAGUGAAGGCUGGGAAGGAGGGCAGGAACACACCGCCAUGUACCGCGUCAGUUAUGCUAAUAGUACAUUGGCCAACACAGAGGG